ACCGAAGUGCACGUCGAAGAUAAUGGAGUUCCACGAGGCUGUUGCGAUUGUGACGGGCGGUGGCCGCGGUUUCGGUCGCGCCUUCGCGGAGGAGAUUCUGGCCGGUCGAGGUAAGGUUAUGAUUACGGACGUGAACGUACACGAGCUCCAAGCUACCGGCAAAGAGUUGCAGGGUAAAUAUGGCGAGCAAAACGUGUGUUGGGACCGUCAGAACGUGACCGAGAAGGACAGCUUCUCGCGCGCCUUCGCGUACGCCAGCAAAUAUUUUAACAAGCCUGUGAAUGUGCUGGCCAACAACGCCGGUAUCGCCGGCGACAUGACCUUUUACCAACCCGAAAGCACGUCCUGGGAGGCUGUGGUGGACAUCGACCUGACUGCGCUCAUCCGCGGCACCAAGUUCGCUAUCGGUGAGUUCAAGCGCACACUUAAUGGCAAGGAGGGCGUCAUUGUGAACCUCGGCAGUAUGGCAGCGCUCUCUCCAACGCCGUUUGGUCCCGACUAUGCGGCCGCCAAAGCUGGUGUCGUGGGCUUCACGCGCUCGUUGUACCAGCUCAAGAAGUCGGACAACAUCCGCUGCUUCUGCAUGUGCCCAGGUUUCGCCGAGACGAACAUGGGUCAGCAGGCUGACGAAGAGGUCCCUAAGUACACCAACAUGAUGGGUGGCCUCAUGCCUGUUAAGGUCGUCGUGGACGCCUUCGCCGCCGGCUUGCGCGAGCCCGACAACGCUGGCCGCGUGCUACGCAUCAUGAACAAGGGUACGGCGUACUACCGUUUCCCAGGUGACAAGACGUUGUUCCCGAACUCGAAGCUGUGA